GUGUUAUUAUAUUUUGGUGUAUUCGACUACGUCAUUUAUAUUUAAGUCAACGUCAUACUAAAAUGUAUGAUCCAGAUAUGUUUCAAAAUAGUCAAAUUAAAAAUAAUGGAUCAUUACAUUAUUCUAGUACAUCACAUCAACCAAUGAAUUCAUUACAAAAUUCAUUAGCAUCUAUUAAUCAUUUACAAAAAUAUUCAUUACCUUUAGGACAAAUGAUUAGCCCUUAUUAUAAACAACAACAAUUUUUUCAAUCCAAUUUAAAUCAUUCUAAUGAAUAUCAUAAUUCGACUAUAGAGAAUUCAUUAAAACAAUUACCUGAUCAUCAAAUGAAUUCUGACAUGAAUUUAUAUCUUGGAGAACGAUCAAGUUAUACAAAUAAUUCAUAUUCAUCACAAUCUCCUAAUUGGACUGAUCAGCAUUACUUUAAUACAAAUCAUUUCAAUGGUUCAACAUUAUUCGAUGCUACAUCUCCCAAUUUUCAAUCCUAUAAUAAACCUACAACCGAUAUAAUGUUAACAGAGACGUCAACAACAUUACCAACAAUAAAUGAACCAACUUGUUAUCCAGUUUAUGUUCAUCCAUUACAGUCUACCCUGAAUAAAUAUAGAUCUUCAUCUAGUGAAAAUCUAUCAUCACGACAUCAUAAUUCAAGAAUUAAAUCAAUUGCAUUCAUUACUCAUUUAAGUGCAUUUGGUUUAAAGAAUAAACGACGUUUUUCACAAUUAACAACAAAGAAAUUAAGUAAACUAAAAGAAAAUACUACUAGUCCUAAUGAUAAUUAUAAUAAUAAAUCUGGUCAAUUAAAUCCUUUACCAAUUGCAGAAGCUUAUGAAUCAGGAAGUUAUCAUAAUCAAAAUAUGAUAUCUGAUAAUUUUAAUUUUAAUGCAAUGGAAUCAUUUGAUAAUGAUUACUUUUUAUAUAGUUUACAAACAGCUGUAUUCAAUGGUUUCGUUCCAUCGAAUCCAUUAAAUCAACAAUAUACCUAUCAUGAUUAUUACAGAGUGCCAGGUCAUCAGAUAAUACCAACUACAACCGCAAUAACACCGAUACUUCAUGAAAAGUUCAAUCAAUCAUCAUUUGGUGAAGAUUUAAGUUUAGGCAAUAAUCAAUCAACAACACCAUCAACUGGAUAUUAUUCAUCGAAUAGAAAUUCUAGAGUAUUUUCACCUGAUUACAAUAAUAAUAAUAAUAACAGUAAUCGUUUUAAAUUUCCCCCACCCGGUCCACCAGUUGCUGGUUGGGUUAACCAAUUUAUUAUCAGAGCAAAUACGCUUGAAAAUUCAUUAUCUAAUGUGAAUACAAUAACAUCAUCAACGUCUCCAUUAACAAGCAUAAUAUCGUUGAAUGAAAGGCGAGCACAUCAGUUGCAACAACAACAACAACAACAGAAAAACGCUUCUUUCUCUUCAUCAUUACAUAAUACACCAUUAAAUCAUUCACCAAUCACAGCGAUUGAUAUUAUUGGUUUAUCAAGUCCGAUUACUAUACCAAGUAGAUCCAUUUCAUCUGUACCACCAUCUCCACAACACAUUCCAUUUGAUUUUAUUCAUUCUUCUCGUUCAUUGGGUUUAACUUCAUCGAGUGUAAUUCCAAGAAGAAAUAAUUCAAUAACAAAAUAUCCUAAACAUGAAUUACCAAUAAUAGGAAAAAGAAUAAUCCCUAUUGAAACUGAUAAGUUGCCUGUAUUCACCAAACUUGAUUUUCCAGAAUUCCCAAAUGAUUCACUUACUGUAUUAAAAAAUAAUUUCAUAAAACCUGAAAAUAAUAUCUUAUUACAUAAUUUAAAAGAUAAUAAUAAUACUACUAAUAAACAGAAUAAUAAUAAUAUGUCACAACAACAAUUUCUAAGUCCAUUAAAUUGUUCUGAUCCACAACAUAGUGAUAGUGGUUAUAAUGAUUCAUUAAUUAUUCCUGAUCAAAAAUUAUCAUCAUUAUUAUUAUUAUCUUCAUCAUCUACAUCAUCUUCUAUAGUUCAUUCAUCAAUUGAUUUUCAAUCACCAACAAAUUUAUCACCAUUAUUUCAAUAUGAUACUAUUCAUAAUUCAACUGAAUGUAUUUCAAUUACAUCACCUAUAACAACUACAUCAACAAUCAAUUCAAUCUUUUCUGAUACAGUUGAAAUGAUCCAUAAGUAUUCAGUUGUAGAUAAUCAUAUUAAAAAUACUGUCAAUAAUAAUAAUAAUGAUAAUAAUAAUAAAAGUAAUCAAUAUGUUUAUUGUAAAUUAGAACUUCCUUUAUCUGUUACACAAUCUAUACCUGUAUCAUUGUCUUCAGUCACAGCUAUAAUAUCAUCACCAUCAUCAAAAAGAUCAUCAACUAGUUCACGUAGUACUGAACCAAGUUCUGCAAAUAGUACUACUGUUAUAUUACGUGAAAAUCUAGAUGUAAAUCGAAAAUUAUCUUAUCCAACUAUGAAUAAUUUCAAUAAUACAAAUCGUAAUCAAACUAUAUUCCGUUCUCCAAGUGAUCCGGAUAUAUUUUUUUCAUUUUGUGAUGAAUCAAUAAAUAAUAAAUCAACAUUAACACAACAACAACAACAACAACAACAAUUUCCUUCAAUUCAUUUAUCAAAUCAUUAUAAACAACAACAACAACAUCAUCAUCCGACUAGUGUACCAUUAUCACGUACAAAUUAUACAUCGAAUAAUAUGAUGAAAUUAAUGAUGAUGAGUACAUUAUCUGAUUCAUUUAAAUAUCAUCAUCUUAUAAGACAAAAAUCUGAAAGUCAAUUACUUACAGAUCGUCAUGAUUCAUUUGAUGAAAUUUCAUGGGAUUUACAACCAACUCCAUUAUAUUAAAUAAUAAUUUCAUUAUCCUAAUAAUGAACAAUAUUUUUUAUUAGUGAUAAUCAUUUUAUUCAAAUAUAAACAAAAUAUUGAUGAAUAUAUAUUUAUAAAGAUUAUUAUGUACAGUCAUCACCUUGGUAACAACGAGGGGAAUAGAGUAAGCUUUACAUUGUUCAUACUGUGAUAUAUAUAUACAUAUAUAUACAUAUAUAUCUAAGCCUAUUUGUUUAUUUAUUGCGUCAUUAUUACCAUGACUAAGAAAGUAUUUCAUAUUCAUAUAUUCCUUGUAGAAUACUGUUGUUUUUCUUUUUGUUCCUCUUAGAUAAAUAAUACCAAAAUGAUUAUCUUGAUUAUUAUGAUGAUUAAAGUGGAUAAAUCAUUUCCUCCCCAUUAUGUAAUUGUUUUGGUCUGGUUUGUUUUUCUUUAUACCAGUUUUUUUCUUUCUUUCUUUCGUUCUUUGUUUGUUUAAAUACUCUUCCGAUAUUAUUUCAUCGGUACUAUUGCACCCCUCUAAUACAUUAAAGUUAUUAUUCAUUAUUUAUUAUAAAUGAUCAUGACAUGAAUAGUUAAGAUUUUAUUUAUGUUAACUUACUAAACGAUAGAUCUAUCCACUUCUAAUUUACCUUAUUUUGUAUGAAUAGAUGAUUUAUUUGUCUAUGGGGGGGUCUCUCUCUUUAAACAAUUGUGUGUAGGUGUGUGUGUGUGUGCGUUUGUGCAUGUUAUUUAGCACAAAAUAAACUCAAUACCACUAUUUUAUUCUAUUAUGUAACCAAAAGUUAUAUUGGAUCUUUGUUCAAGUGUUUAUAUUAAUAUAAUGUCUUGUUUGUUUGUUUUUCUCGUCUUAUUUUGUUUAAUUUUAACUCAUAUCUCGACGACGACGACGACGAUGAUGAUGACGGUAACAACAUCGUCAUUCUUACCGACAUUGUACACCUUUUUUUCCAUGGCUAACUUUUUCUAUGAUAUUUUUCUCUUUUCUUUUUCUUUUUAUCAAUAAUUUAACAUAUGAAAGACAGAAAUGAACAAUUUGAUAUAUCUUUCUUUUAUUCUGCAUUUUUCUAUUAUUAUUAUUAUUAUAGAUGUUGUUCUAUUUUCUAUAUUCUGUUCGUCUUUUUGUUUUUGUUUACUGCUGUAUGUUAUUUAAUUUUUCAUCUGGUCUAUUUCCAAUGAAUAUCAAACUUUCCCAUUAAUACUACUACUACUACUACUACUAUUAUCCCAUGUCUCUUCAUUCGGUCUUGUUAAACACCACUUUUCUAAUUAAAUAUGAAUAAAUGAUGAGCAUAUUACUACCACUAGUA